AGUAGAUAUGCAUGUAUGUACUUAAUUAAUGUCCAUGGUUGAAAGUAAAAAAAGAAACAUCCAAUCGAGACACUAGACGUCAUCUAGUGAUAUUUGAAAACUUCUGAGUUGGUGUUGGCUAAGUUGGCUUUGUUGGUGUGUGUUCUGUGGUUGGUUGCUUUAGCUCCAUUUCCGUAAACACGUGUGUUUGUGUUUGACAACUGUUCGAGUUUCGAGUUUUCCGUGCUGUUCGGUUUAACGUUCAUAACCUUAAAGGUUGUUGUGUUCUUUAGUUAUUUUACAAAUUGUUUUGCAUAAAUCUCAAUCUGGAACCACUGUUUGAACUAAAUAUUUUGUUUAUUAAGUGAAAGUGCACAACACGAGCACAAUAUUGUAGAUAUUUGAUAUUAUAUUCUUUCCACAACGUUGGUAGACUAGAAUAAACUGGACAAGUUAAGUCUGCCACCACUGCUCCAUUACCAACACCUCUCAGACGAGGAGUGUUUACCAGGACCCUCUGUUCUGCAACCGUCCCCUCCACCCUCUUUCGAUUUCUCCCAGUCGAUGUUCGAAAUCGAAGGAGGGAAUAAUAUUGAGCUCCUAAGAGCACUGUGCAACCAGAUGGAAGAAACCCCUGAGAAGCCGGCAACAUCUGCUGGUGCAUCCCCCUCUGGCACUGCGGAGGAAACCUCAACAGCAGCAGCUGCAUCCUCCCCACCUGUGUCAUUGUCGUCGUCUCCUUACCCUGCUACUGCUACUUCCACGUCUGCUCACCAGGUCCGCCAAACACUACCAACAACACUGCGUGCUCUUGCAACUCUUGCCGAGUCUGCUGAGUCUGAUGACUCAGCAGACGAAUUUCUGGAUGACAACAGUGCCGAGGCACUGUUAAGUGCAUUCAAACGGAAAGUUAGGCAGGUGAAAGCAAACCAUGUGGGGCGCCAUAAAGAACUAGUUACAAGAAAGAAAGUGAGUGAACGCAAAAUAAAGAAGCUUACCAAAGACAUUGCUUCAUUAGAACGACAAUUAGUGGAGGAACAAGCCAGGCUCAGGCACAUUGAAAAUGAGGGAAAAAAAUUGACUGAGCAAAGUGCCAGUGUUCAAGAUUAAAACAACAUAAAUUAUGAGUGAGUCACGUAGGAUACCGUGUCCCCGCAACUGGAUAACACCGUUCCAGCCCCUGCCAAAUGAAACACUUCAAGAAAACUAUCGACGCAUUUUUCAAGAGUACUUACCUGAGAUGAAGGUUCUUAAUGUGAUACCGCGCAACUUCAGAAAUAAGCCACGGUGUAACUGGAGUGUUCUAUUUUCUCGGGACAAACCCCCAGAACGUGGUUUAUUCCAAAUUAUUCGUGCUUUUCUCAAUGAGUGGAAACCAGGCAACGUAGGCGUAGGACGUGUAGAUAUAAUACGUUUGACUGCACAAACUCGUCGACCUUUGUUUGAGGUCAUCUACAAUGUAGAAUGUAAUUGUGAAGCUAUGGAAGUUUGUGAUGAUGACGAAGACAAUUUAGCGGAUGUUUCGGGGCAGGUUCAGGAGAUGAAACUUGAAGAAAUGUAAAAAAAAAUAUGAGCUAUCUCAUCUCAGCUAUAUCAGCUUCAUUUCUUAACCCCAUCAGGGCACUUACUGUCUUUGUUAAACUGUUUGCGAAUUACACACCUCAUUCUUCAAAAUGUAUAUCUGUUCUUGUGAAAUUUACGAUUUUUUUGGUUACUCUCGUGGUUGUGACCGUUGCUAUCUGACCAGGGUCAAGUUUUACGUGUUCGUAAAAUUGUACAACCAGGAAACGGCCUUUCUAAUAUAAUAAAUCAGCCGAUAUCACAACAAAUUUAAUCAGAGGUACUUAAAUAAACUUAUUUUUAUAUCCAUCUUUUUAGAUGUAAGAUCCUAAGGUUUUAAGUCUGUUAACAACAGAAAAAAUAUUUUGUAUAACAAGUGUAAUAGUUCAAUAAAUAAUAUUCUGUAGACGAUAAAUCACAUGUACGUAAAAAAAGUUCUUAUUAUUUUUAAAA